UCACGAUCGCCGGUAAAACGCCGCAAACUUGAAGCGCGACUGCAGGCGAGUCACCCCGAAACACAUUACGAAGGCAGCUCAAAGGUUUUUAUAUGCCUAUGUUAAUUUAACACGAGCUGCUGCAUAACGUGAAAUGCAACAUAGAGUCAGCCAAAAGAAACCAGCGCUGUCCUCUACUGAUUAUAGAAGUGAUGAAGUGAGUCAAACUGUACAUUCCAACCAAAUAUGUAACAUGUUUGCAUGACUAAAGAAAUGUAAUACAAUUUAUAUAAUAUGUCUUUUUGAAAGCUAUUCUCAUUCAUUGCUGUCUCAAGCAAAGACAGUGCGCUCUUUCUUCAAAUAGGCAUGCCAUGAGCCAAUAGCCUUUGAGUGUGAGCCCUGUCAGAGCGUUUCAUUGGUUGAAUGAACUGAAUGAAUACGCCCUACUUAACGAGUCAAUUGAGUCAAAUGGGAUUGAACGAACUGGAACAUGUCGUUCAUGGUCUAAUACUCUGCGUUCCAACAAUGCAUAUCUAGUUACUGGAAUUUUCUGAAAAAUAAAGAAUUGCUCUGCGCCAAAAGGCGCGUUCGCUGCAGCUUUGAAACGCGCGCACUCGUGGUGUGACAGCGGAGAGAGACGGAGGCAGUCAAUCCUCUGCUGCGGGUCCCGAUCGUGUACACCCGGCGUGAUUCAUGAGCAAGCAUUCAGGAGGGAAGUUGAUCUGUUAUUAUUAUCAUGGCCUCUAUCUCGGAGUGGUACGCUGAGAAGAACGUGCUGAUCACGGGGGCGACGGGCUUCAUGGGAAAGGUGCUGGUGGAGAAACUCCUGCGCUCGUGCCCGAAGGUGAACGGCAUUUAUAUUCUCGUCAGGCCGAAGGCGGGUCAAUCCAUGCAAGAACGCGUUCAAGAUAUGAUGACGUGUAAGCUGUUUGACCGCGUACGUGAGGAUAAUCCAGAGUUUCAUCAGAAGGUCAUUCCCAUCAGCAGCGAGCUCACACAGCCCGGAUUGGCCAUCAGUCCAGAGGAUGUGCAGAAACUCACCUCCUGUAUCAACAUCGUCUUUCACUGUGCCGCCACCAUCCGCUUCGACGAACCGCUCAAACACGCCCUGCAGCUGAACGUCAUCGCCACGCAACAGCUCCUGUCUCUGGCGCAACAGAUGCAACACCUGCACGCGUUCAUCCACAUCUCCACCGCAUACGCCAACUGCAACCGCAGACACAUCGAUGAGGUCAUCUACCCUCCGCCCGUCGAGCCCAAGAAGCUCAUCGACUCUUUAGAAUGGAUGGACGACGGCAUUGUAUGUGACAUCACACCACGACUAAUAGGGGACCGACCCAACACGUACACCUUCACCAAAGCGCUGGCGGAGUGCGUCAUCCAGCAGGAGAGCCACAAACUCAACAUUGGCAUUAUAAGACCGUCUAUCGUAGGAGCCAGCUGGCAGGAACCCUUCCCAGGGUGGAUAGACAACUUUAAUGGACCAAGUGGUAUUUUCAUUGCUGCUGGGAAGGGCAUUCUGCGUACCAUGAGAGCCAGCAAUGACGCCGUGGCUGAUUUAAUACCCGUAGAUGUGGUUAUAAACCUCACACUGGCUGCAGGCUGGUACACCAGUGUACACAGACCAAAAACGUCACUAGUGUACAACUGUACGACAGGGGGCAUUAACCCCUUCCACUGGGGAGAGAUCGAGCAUCACGUGAUGUCCACGUUCAAAAGGAACCCGCUGGAGCAGGCCUUCCGUCGUCCCAACGCCAACAUCACCUCCAAUUACCUGAUGAACCAGUACUGGAUUCUAGUCAGUCACAAGUUCCCUGCAUUCAUCUAUGACCUCUUCCUGCGUCUGUCCGGACAGAAACCGCAGAUGACGCGCAUAUUCAACCGUCUGCACAAAGCCAUCGGUCUGCUGGAGUACUUCAGCAGUCAAGACUGGGAGUGGAAAUCUGACAACAUGCACAUGCUGAUGAGUGAACUCAGCCCGGAGGAUCGCAAGACGUACAACUUUGACGUUCGCCAGCUGAACUGGCCGGAGUACAUCGAGAAUUACUGUAUUGGGACCAAGAAGUAUGUUCUGAACGAGGAUAUGUCUGACAUUCCUGCUGCCAGACAACACUUGAGGAAGCUGAGAAACAUCCGAUACACGUUCAACACCGUGUUGCUGGUCUUCAUCUGGCGUGUUUUCAUCGCUCGCUCUCAGAUGGCCAGGAACAUCUGGUACUUCGUCGUGAGCUUGUGCUUCAAGUUCCUGUCGUACUUCAGGGCGUCCAGCACUCUGAGCCAAUGACCGCAGCGCACAGGAAGUGUGUGUCCUCUUCCUCCACGACUUCCUGUCCCACGCACAGAUAUUUCUUUAGCUUUCCUCACCGUCCGCUCGUCCUCCUUACCGCUCUAUUGAUGACGUGUCUGCUAUUUUUUAAAGUGUCUCCUUUUAUAAUGACUGUCCUUAAUACCGAUUAUAUAUGCAACUGCAUUUACAGUGUUUAUCCUUUUUAUCUGGUGGCCAUUCAAUGUCCAGAGAUGUUGCCUUUGUGUCUUCUGUUGAUUUUUUAGCUUCUUCACAACAGACAGUGUUCUAGCAAAGGACCGGCAUCUUUAUGGAGGUUUUUAGCACUAACCACUGAAGCUCUGCUGACAUCAGCGUUAUCUCUGUCUGUCUGUUUUAAUAUCGUGUCAAGUCUGCGUUACUAUCAGCAGUAACAAGGGCAUGAUCUCUAGUUUUCAUGAUCUCUACUAUUUUUAUUAUUUUAGGUAUUUCGUUCAGGUUUGUGUUUCUGGUUGUUUAAAUUGCAUCUUGUACAAAUGAUUAUUUAUAUCAUUUAACUCACCACAAUGUGUCACAUUUCACCCCUAAAUAGGAAGGCGGACAAAAGAAAUUAGGACAAGUCAGACUUAUUUGCAUUGUGUCACAAUUUAAGGAAUUUCACAAAUGGUCAUUCUUAAUGUAAUACAGCUUUUAUUUCAUACAGUACAGAAUAACUUAAUACAGUGUUUUUAUUAUUUAAAUCAGAAUAGAAUAGAAUAUGAACUAAAGGCAGAACAGCAAUAACGCCAUGAUCUAAUAAUACUACUAAUAAUUUUAAUUAUGUGAUCUGUGCUACAACAUUGAGAAGGAUCUGGGUGGAAUUCCAAAAAAAGUGACACAAUUCAAAAAAGGCUUUAUUGUCUAUAUGCAAAAUACAGUCUCAUUUCUUUUAUUUUAGGGGUGAAAUUAAAAGCCGGGGCCUCAUUUAUAAAACUUAAGUAAAUCUAAAGUAGAUUUAAUUCUUAAAGUUUGCGUAGACACAUUCAAGAGUUUCCAUAGGGUGUGUGUAUACACACAUUUUAUUGCCUAUUUUGUGUGUACGCAAUGUUUAUACAUCAGGCCCGUGGUGUUGUUUAAUGAGAGCACAUUAAUGUUGUGUUUGUUUGUACACACUGAGUUUACACCAUAAACAUCUUGAUGAUUUAGUGUGAGGAUUUUGCAGAUGGACAUACAGUUUCAUUGACCUGUAAAUAAUCAAACGUAUAUGAAUAUAAUACUUUUCGGAUGAUAUACAUACCAAAAAUGUACAAAUGUAUAUUUGCUCAUCUGUUUCCUGAAAGGACAGAGGGCUUCCCAUAUUUUUUUAAAGAAAAGGGAAAAAUGAUGAAAAAGUAUAUAUGUGUUGAUAUCAGUGACGUUUGUUUUUACUUUAGCUCUGUUUAAAGUGCCCUAAAAGUCCAUUUUUUUAAAGUCUGUUAAAUCUGUUCAAAGCCAACAGCAGAAAUCCUAAAACAAACAGUACAGUACAUGGAUUUUAAAAGGGAACGUCCCUCGCAAAUCUUUUUUCAACUUUCAUAGGGUUUUACAGCAUCUUGUUGGCAUGGCGACACCAUUUGGACAAAUGGUGCUCUGUCGUCCAGAUAGGGCUUUGGUUUUUCUACACUCCACCUAGUGGUCUUUUGCCAAAUUGUAUUUUUAGAUUGCAUCGAGGGGGGACGGACCCCACUUUGUAAAGUGUUUGCCUUCCGUCUUUUGUAUGUUUCGCACACAGUAUUCAUGGU